CAGGCAGAGGUGAGUAGAUUGCAGUUCUCCCUCUGAUGUUCAGAAGAAUUUGUGCAUCUACUAAAUUUGUUUUUAAAGCUCAGUGGAAGUGAGGUCACAGAAAACAGUGCUUAUUCUUAUUACAGAACAGUGUCACUGACACUCUCAAAGGAAACACUGAGAACCAGUUUGAGUGGUGAAAACAAAGUGGACAUUUAUCUGGAGAACCUAGUGCUGUUCAGUUAGUGGAAUGGCAGCCUGUUCAGGGGACAAGAAGCUUAUAGGAUGGUUUAUGCUAGUGAUCCUAUGGAUGGCUGUGGAGGGGUGUCCUCACAUCUGUAAAUGUUCCAGAAAAUCCAGUCCUGAAAAGUCAGAGGUCAAUUGUCAUAAGAGGGGUCUUCGUGUCUUUCCCUCCAUGCUGCCUUCUGAUGCCUGGAUUCUCAAACUAGGUGAGAAUGGUAUCACAGACCUGAAGGCUAAUGCUCUGAGAUCAAUUCCAAAGAUUGAGAGUAUCAACCUGGAAAAAAAUGCCAUCAGGUCCCUCCACCCCCAGGCCUUCUCUGGUGCAGAGCAAUUGAUGCUCCUCAAUCUCUAUGGCAACCACAUCACCAACCUUCCACCGAGGGGAUUCCAGGACCUCCUGAACCUUCGCUUCUUCAUGCUGGGACAGAACCAGAUAAGCACCCUCAAACCUGAGAUGUUUGCUGGAAUGGGAAACUUGUCAGAUUUAGACCUUCCUCUCAACGAGCUGACAAUGCUCCCAUCUAAUGCCUUUAAGCCUCUGAUUGCCCUAAAGGUUCUGGACCUUUCCCUGAAUCGCAUCCAGAGGAUCUCUCCCAAGGCCUUCACUGGACUCAGACAGCUCAUGUUCCUCAACUUAGACAAUAACAGCCUGAAGAACAUCCCUGCUGGAGUAUUCAGGCCAUUGCGAUCUCUGGAGAUGCUAGUUCUAGACAACAACCUCCUGUCCACACUGAGCUCCUCAACUUUGGAUGGCCUGGGCAACUUGCAGGAACUCUACCUGAGGAACAAUGAGCUGAAGCACCUGCCACCUGAUGUGUUCAGGAACAUGACCAAGCUUUCCCAGCUGGCUCUCAAUGGAAACCACCUGAAGACAGUGGAUGGAAACACAUUUGCCCUUAUGCCCCACCUGAUGAAGCUUUACCUCCAUGACAACCCAUGGCACUGUGACUGUAACAUCAUCUCCUUGGUGCAAUGGAUGGAACAGACCAAGGCCAAUCUGUCGCCCCGGGGUGCCCUGAGGUGCGUGAGUCCUCCGGAGCUCCUAAGCAAGAGCCUAUACAGUCUUCAAGCUGACAAGCUGCUGUGCCAUGGCUAACACCAGAAAACCUGUAUGAAGACCACCAUAGCAAGGGCGCGGGCCCAUGGAGAUUCAGAUGAUACAUUUUUAUUUUUUUUAAUGAGUUAGUAUAUUUAGAGUGAACAUACUUAAGUAUUAGCCGGAUACUCAGAUGAAAUGUGUCAGUGUCUGCACUCAUUAUGAAGGAAACUCCUUAAUUGAGUAGCUGGAUUCAAUCUUUUACUCUUGUGAUUAAAAAAGAUCAGAAUGUGGUUUGCUAAUAAAUAACAAAUACAGCAA